AUUUUAUUUAAUCUCAUGAUUUUCAUGAUACAAUAACACAUAAGAUUAUCAAUCAAUAUAAUGGCAGCUUCUACUGAUAAUGAAACGAAUCUGUGCGAUUUAAAGCAACUAGUUUCUUCAACGCUACACCAACUUUGCAGCUAUGCUUCCUCUGUUGCUUCACUCACCCUUCAAUGGAAAAACCUUGAAACUCAGCUCGAGUCAACUCAUCAGUCAUUCAUGGAGGAACAGAGGAAAGAAUUUGAACGGAUUGAGUUGGCGUCAAACGAGUUGAAAUCGGCUCAAAAAUCGUUUGAAUAUAAAUUGAAUGAACUCGGAAAGAGAGAGGAGCAAUUCGAUACCAUUGGUAAAGAGCUUGACUUAAAGCAGAAGCAAUUCGAGGCUGAUGUAGAAUGGUUAAAAAGAGAAAUCCAUGAUUUUAAUGUCAAAAUCUUUAAAUUUAAAAAUGGUGUUGAAGAAUUUGAUACCGGAACUAAACAGUUGGAAAAAAAAUCCCAAGAACUAGAAUUAAAAGAGAAACAACUCGAAGAGAAAUCGAGAGAAUUUGAAUUGAAAGAGAUACGACUCGAGGAAAGAUCCCGAAAGCUUGAAUUAAAACAAGGAAAUUGGAUCACCAAACCGCCGCGCCAGUACUGUACUCGAACAAUGCCUAGUGGCUGUUUUAAGGUGAUGCAUACUCACAAGAAAGCUCGCUGUAACAACUUUCUUGAACUUGCUAUUCCAAUAAAAUCGACUUUGCAUCCCAACUCCAAAGAAGAAAAUAAUCUCUCUCUCUAUAUAUAUCUCGCUAUUCACUUGAUUUUCUUAUCAAUCAAUACAAAGAAAAAACCAGUAAUGGCUGAUAAUCAAAUGAAUCUCUGUGAUUUAAAGCGACAAAUUCUUUCUUCAACUCUAGACCAACUUCACAGCCACGCUUCCUCUGUUGUCUCACUCACCCUUCAAUGGAAAACCCUCGAAACUCAGUUCCAGUCAACUCAGUCGACCAUCGAGGAGCGCGCUAAAGAAGUUUCGUCCAUGGAACAAUCCAUCUUAGAAGGUUUGGAAAAACUUAAAAAUCGAGAGAAGCUUGUUGAGUUGAUGGAAGAAUCGGUGAAUCGAAGGAAGAUGGAACUUGAUGAGAAAGACAAGGGUUUUGGUGUUGUAGGUCGAGAAUUAAAAAUUACAGUUCAAGAACAGAAGAAAGAGAUGGAACGGAUUGAGUUGAUGUCGAAAGAGUUGGAAGAAUCGCUUGGGUGUAGAUUGGAAGAGCUUGGAAGGAAAGAGGAGCAAUUCAAGUUGAUGACCGAUGCCAUUAGUAAAGAUCUUGACUUGAACCACAAGCAAUACAAGGUAGAUGUAGAAUGGUUACAAGGAGAAAUCAGUGAUCUUUCUGCCAGAAUCUUGAAUUUUAGAACUUGUGUUGAAGAAUUUGAUAUGGACACUGAACUGCUCAAAGAAAGAUCCCGAGAACUCAAUUUAAAAGAGGAACAACUCGAACAGAAAUCGACAGAACUCGAGAUCAAAGAUGAAGAAUACGAGAAAAAGUUUGAACUGAAAGAGAAACAACUUGAAGAAAAUUCCCGACAACUUGACUUAAAAGAGAAACAACUUGAAGAGAAAUCAAGAGAAUUCAAGAUCAAAGAUGAAGAAUACGAGAAAAGAUUGAAGGAACUGGAAUUAAAAGAGAAACAACUUAAAGAAAGAACCCAGAAACUUGAAUCAAAAGAGAGAAAUCUGAUCAUGAAACCACAACAAAGAAAGCGCCAGUAUCUUACUCGAGCAAUGCUUUUUGACUAUAAUAAGGUCACACAUGAUAGCCUGAGGGAUACAAACAAAAAAGCUCGCUAUAAUCAGUAACCUAUCGCAUCUAUGGCUUACCUAGUUAGUUUAAUUCGUGCAAACUUUAGUUUCAGAAACUAACUGCGUUACUUGUUGUCAAGCAUCGCUUUAGCAGAGCUCUUGAACUAGUUAUUCCGAUAAUAAAAUAACAGUUCCUUUGUUACUAGAGUUGUUUGCUAAUGAUAAAAUUAUGCAAUGAAUUUAUAUUUCAUA